GUUGGGCACGUCUUGGACUGGUUGUAAAAACACGCAGCUCCCACUAGUGGCCCCCUGUCUGCUCACGUUGUGCGCCGGGCGGAGUUUGGCAUGAGUCUGUCGGGAUAAAGACAAAAGAUGGACUGGUGCCGCUAACCAAGGCCAACUUCCCACUAAGGAGUAGAGCGGAUCCUCACCACAGGCGAUUUACCUGCUGAGUCCAGCUGUUUUUUGUUUACAUCCUCCCAAUGGGACUCUUGCUAUAACCACGAGGACACUUGGAUAUUACAUCCAGUCAGAAAUACAGAUGGACCUUUUUGUUUUUUGAUGUUGCCCAAGAUGAAAAUGUUAAGAUGAUCGUCCAGAGCUCCAUCCUAUAGUUGUCUUUAUGAAGACCAUAUGUUGACGCCAGAUAAGGGGCCAGUUGAGGCCAAGGCGUAGAGAUUGAGACUUGUACUCGACCCAUCUGACUCGGGCCGAUCCAGAAGACCUCGCCGCUCAGCUUUCUUGAAAAUGGAGCUGUAUUUUAACCCCUUUGACAGUUUGGUGUGUAUCCUCCUGGGUAUCUCCCUCACUGUGUGGUUCACACUGCUGCUCGUCUUCAUCAUCGUGCCCGCCAUCUUCGGGGUGUCCUUUGGCAUCAGACGCCUCUACAUGAAGUCAUUGUUGAAAGUCUUUGAGUGGGCUACACUGAGGAUGGAGAGAGGAGCCAAAGAAAACAAUCAUCCCUUGUAUAAACCCUACUCAAAUGCCAUCAUUGCAAAGCACCCCACUUCCUUGGAAGAAGAAAUGAAGGAGAUUCGACGCAGCGGCAGCAACAAAGACCUGGACUCGGCGCCCGAGUUCGAGAUGUCGGACAUCUUCUAUUUUGCUCGAAGAGGAGUGGAGAGCAUCAUGGACGACGAGGUGACCAAGCGGUUCUCGGCGGAGGAGUUGGAGUCUUGGAAUCUGCUGACACGCAGCAACUACAACUUUCACUACAUCAGCCUGAGGCUGACUGUGCUGUGGGGACUAGGCCUGCUGAUCCGCUACGGAAUCCUUUUACCUCUCAGGGUAACCCUUGCCUUCACUGGUGUUGGCCUCCUGGUAUUCCUCACUUCUCUUAUCGGCUUCCUGCCCAAUGGAAGGAUAAAAAGCGUCCUGAGUGAAAAGGCCCACCUUAUGUGCAACAGAAUAUGUGUCAGAGCUCUUACUGCCAUCAUAACAUUCCACGACAGUGAGAAUAAACCCAAAAAUGGAGGAAUCUGCGUCGCCAACCACACGUCACCCAUCGAUGUCAUAAUUCUGGCCAGUGAUGGCUGCUAUGCAAUGGUGGGCCAAAUUCAUGGCGGCUUGAUGGGACUUAUCCAGCGAUCUAUGGUGAAGGCCUGCCCACACAUUUGGUUUGAACGCUCAGAGGUCAAAGACAGACAUCUAGUGGCCAACAGGCUGAGUGACCAUGCACAAGAUAAAUCUAAACUUCCCAUUCUCAUAUUCCCAGAAGGUACAUGCAUUAAUAACACAUCAGUUAUGAUGUUUAAAAAAGGAAGUUUUGAAAUUGGCGGCACAGUGUACCCAGUCGCUAUCAAGUAUGAUCCCAGAUUUGGAGACGCCUUCUGGAAUAGCAGCAAGUUUGGAAUGGUCAACUACCUGUUACGUAUGAUGAGCAGCUGGGCCAUUGUCUGCAGUGUAUGGUACCUCCCUCCUAUGUCUAGAAAGGAAGGGGAAGACGCUGUACAGUUUGCCAAUCGGGUAAAAGCAGCCAUCGCCAGACAAGGAGGACUAGUGGACCUUUUGUGGGACGGAGGGCUAAAGCGAGAAAAGGUCAAAGAUACUUUUAAAGAAGAGCAGCAGAAGCUUUAUAGUAAAAUGCUGGUGGGUACCCAAGAGGAUCGCAGUCGCUCCUGAAAGACUUGCUAGGAGGUGGAUCGGCUCAAAACCCUCAGCGCUGACUGCAAAUGAUGUCAGCUGCGCUCCCGCUUGAGAAUGGGGUUCCUCGACUUUUCUCUGCCUCACACAAACGUCUCCUGUUGGCAGCAUUGUAGCAGGUCCGUUGGAGAUACAUGAAACAAGCCUCGCCUGCAUUAGAAUGCAAAAGUAGAAGUGCUCUGAGCUAGAGUCAUGUCUUCCUUGUGGUUGAGGAAAAACUUGAUAUAUCUGUCAUUAACUUUCAGUUUUUUCACAGUUUAUUUUAACAUGUUUUUUUUUCUGUUAGGUUGUAAUUUAACCCUGGUUUUACCUGGGUAUAUAACAGAGUUAUAGAUUUUUUUUAAGACACUGUUUUGAGAUUUCUGCAUGACUGGCUUGUGUCUGACACGAUGCCAGACUUUGUUACAUUUAAGACUAUUUUUAUGAGCUUUUUCCAAGAGAAAGAAUCUUGUAUUCUAAAGCUUUGUGUUUUACAUGAAGACUUGUAUCAACCUGUUGUUAUAACAGCAGUAGCUGAUGUUACUGAACUCUUGUUGCCGGUUCUUUUUCCAUGGAAUGUGUAAAUGCUCGCAUUGUGAAGUGGAAAUAUGGCACCGUUUUCCAUCCAAAGUCGGCAAGUGAAAGAACAUACUUGUGAUGCUUACAAUCAACGCCCAUGGCGAACAGGUAAUCAUGCAGGUUUAAACCAUUACAACACCCCUGGAAUGGGAAGAGGCUAAUAAUGAUUACCCCUCUAACAGAGACCUUUGGCUACCAAUUUGUUGCAGCAGCAACACGCCUGUUUAAUUUAUUUGAACCGAAAUCCAGAGGCUAUUGUUUUAAUUUCCCUUCCUUUGGUGAUCUUUGUCCUAUUUGGCAGACUCUUAAAGAAGAGAAAGGGUAGCUGUAGUCUGGUCUCUGUCUGGCUGGAGUCAACCAACAAGAACUCCGGAUUUAGAUUGCACCCAACAUGUUUAUCAGAAAUAAACCUUUGAGAAUGUCAACUA